AUGUUGCGGCCGGCCACCCCUUUAUCCAUUCUAUUCUUCGUCGCAUUCGUGCUAUUGUUGCUCUCCACCCUCUCGACGCCCCUCAUCAAGAGCAUCCCGCUCGCUACCUACCGUGGCGUUCGUUUUGGCGUCUUGGGCUACUGCGAAAAUGGCGAUUCCAGCUGCAAAGGGCCCAUGAUUGGGUACAACACAGAGAAACUGUUUGCAGGUGACCGGACUUCCGACUUUUCGCUACCCUCUGCACAGCGACAUGCCCUAUCCUCGAUCCUCAUCGUCCACCCCGUCGCGGCCCUCAUGACACUCAUUUGCUUCGCCCUCUCGGUCGCCGCCCACUUCCAUUCGCCUGCCCACUCGCCGCGCUACCUUCUUGCCCUGCUUAUAUUCACGUUCCCAACCCUGCUCGUCACACUGCUCGCGUUUCUCGUCGACAUUUUGUUGUUCGUUCCCCAUGUGGGUUGGGGAGGAUGGAUUGUACUAGGUGCCACCGUUAUCAUUGUUGCAAGCGGAAUUGUAACAUGUGCCAUGAGACGUACGCUGGUCAGCCGCAAGGCGAGGAAGCGACGCAUUGCCGAAAACGACGAGAUGAACGGCAACACGUAUUAUGCGAAUCGCGCAAACGCGACAGUGACCACUGAAUAUCCAAAGGCUGAAUCCCCGCCCCCUCUUGACAACGACACAAUGUCGUCUGCCCUCAAAUCAAACGGCAACACGGCCUAUUUUGAUUCUUCCAAAGCGUCUCCCACAGACGACAUGGUGCCUUUGAACCAACGCAACCCUUCACUCAAGACUGUUAGCAGUGCUGGUGGUACUGCCCCAGACACAAUGGGCUCGCCGCCUGGUGGCCCUAUCGGUCGCCGACAGCCAGUAGACCAAUACGGUAACCCUCUCCCACCUAUGCCCAACGAUGGAUUUGUCAUGAUGAACGGAGCCCCGCGCGGCAGGGGAGGUCCAUACAGAGGAAGAGGAGGACCACCACGAGGUGGACAGUUUGGAGGCCCAAGAGGAGGAGGUUACGGUCCAAGAGGCGGAUAUGGCCCAAGAGGAGGAGCUAUGCGAGGACCUCCCCCGCCAGGCUGGAAUGGUAAUGGACGUGGUGGACGACCUCCGAACGGCCCUCCCAUGGCUCGUGGUGCCCCCCCUCCAGGAUACAAUAACGAUAACUUUUACAGCCAAGGACCGCCACCUCGUGAGCCAUCGCCGUAUGGUCGAGGCCCGCCACCUGGACCAAUGCCGGAAAUGCCCAUUGGCCAGGCUAUCGAAAUGGAUAACCGCACAGGCACACCUGCUAACAAUUAUGGAUUGAGAGAGAGUGACGGUGAUGUUGCAGGAAUGCUUGCUCUUCAACAGGGUGGCCCCUUCCCGGCUGGUUCACCCCAGAGGCGUUCUCCAGAAAUCGUGAGCCCGACCAGCGAAUACUCGACAUCUGAUGCGCAACCACGACAACUGCCCCCGCAACAGCAGCAGUUUGUCCCAGCUCGGGCCGGAUGGAACCAGCAAAAAGUGCCAUCUGAUCAGACGCUCAGCACCAUGAACAACAGCAACAGCAGCCGUGGACUCUCUCCGAUUCAGGACUCGCCUGUCAUGGCGAAUGCCCAACUUGCUCCGGUCAAAGCAGUCAACAGACCAGAGCGUAGCUCUGACUACUAUGAAGAUGUCGAUCCCAGAUUCGCAGAACCCGUGCAGCCCCAGGCGCCUCCACCACUGCCAACUUCACUGAUGCCAGGCGGAUUCGCACCACCGAACCCCAACUUUCUUUCCACAACCAACUUGAGUGACCCCAACCUCCCUCGCACGAGCUCUUACGACGACUUGCCAGAUGGCUCACGUUCUCCUGCAGCCAGCGAAGCAUCGCACUUUACUUCUGUCUCUCAGCGCCCGAUUAAUCCCAACUGGCGGCCAGAGAUGGGCGCCGCGGCAGGUCAGUUUGGUCCAUUUCCUGGUCCCCGAAGACCCAUGCGACAGGGAGACGUCAUUCUGGAAGCCAAUGCAGCAAACCCAGACUUUGUGAUCCCAGGUGCUACACGGGGACGCGGUCGGGGUCGAGGCGGCGGCGGCAGAGGAAGAGGCGGUCCCAUGCCACCUGCCAUGCUCGGACCAGGACCGGGCAUGUCGAACCAAUCCAGAUAUCCCGGUGGCAAUGCCAUGUAG